UAGAUGCAACACACAAGUCGACACGUGUCAUAGGCGAAGGUCUGCUGGGGCCUUGCCAAAGUUUUUUUUUUUCCGUUAACGAGAUACGAUCCGAUCCCGAUUUCGACAAUUGACGAACGUAGAGAUUCAAUUAUUUUUUUAUCGAAAAAUCGAGCAACCUAAAGCAAAAAAAUGUACAAAGUCUCAGUGCUAGUUCUUCUGGUGGCUUGCGCCACCGCAUUGCCGGCGACGAGCGAAAAAAAGGGAAACGAAAACGACCUGAUGGCCACCAUAUACGCCGAUUGUCUGAAGAAGGAGUCGGUCAGUUGCAUCAAGUACAAAGUAUUCAGCUUCGUUGACAAAAUGCUAACCGACAAAGAUGACAUCACGUUGAGCGAAGGUAUCACCGUGGUGAAGACGUCGAACGCCGAGGAGGGCGCGCCAAGGUCCAUCGAGGGAACCGACAUCGACAGUUUGCUCUUUGACCGCCUGGGAAGAUUCCUGAGAACGCAUACCGUUAAGGUCGACCUUAAGGGCAGCGAUAUCCUUGGAGCGGUUGAAUCUGCCGGCCGCAGUCUGGAAGAUAUCAGCGACAGCGUCGGGGAAAGCAGAGGCAAAAAGAAGAAGGCCGCCAAGAUAAUCGGACCUCUUCUAAUCGCGGUGGCCUUGAAAGCCGCAGCUUUGAUUCCCCUCGCAUUGGGCGCGAUCGCACUGAUCGCCGGUAAAGCUCUGCUGAUCGGUAAAAUCGCUCUGUUGAUAUCCGGCAUAAUCGGUCUGAAAAAGCUCCUGGGCUCCCAACAAAAGACCGUGACCUACGAGGUCGUAUCUCACCCGCAUCACAGCAGUUCGCACUCCGUUAGCCACGAAGAUUCCCACGGAGGCGGAUACAGCAGCGGUCCAGACUUCGGGGGAUACGGAGGCGGCGGCGGCGGGGGAAGCAGCGGUCACGGAUGGGCGAGGAGUCUCCCUCAGGAUCUCGAAACCGCUCAGGACCUCGCCUACCGCGCCUACAGUCCCCAAACGGCGCAUUAAACGUCUUCACUUCCUCCGAUAAGCUGUCGCACUUUCGUCGAUCUCACGUCAUCUUCGUAGCCAUCCAACGAAGAACAACGAACGGCACUGAUCGCGAAAUAAUCGAACGAUAGCUGCGUAGCUCUAACGACUAUUUUCCAGAAUUUCUCACCUCCUAUUUCUUUCCUCUUCUUCUUAUCUGACAAUCUUCUUUCCUACAUCAGUGUUGGAGAUCAAAAACGGCUCGGGACUUGAACGAAAAAUAGAAUCGUCCCAAUCCAGCCCAGUACCGCACCAACAAUACUCGUUGAUAAUUUAAUACACGGUUAUUUAUUAUUUAACUAAACGAAUAAUAUUUAUUUAUCUCUUCGAAAAAAAAAAAGAAUUAUUUUUCACCCGACUUAUCGCAUCGCACUUGAAGUGAAAAAAAAAUAUAUAUGAAAGAAAAGUCGAUGCACGUGAGUUUGUUAUAUUUUUAUUGAAAAUCUUCUCUCGAUUAUCGAUAUUAUUUAAUUUUUCUUAUUUUUGGUAGCGUGACGUCACUGAAAAUGACAUUUUAUCAAACUGAUUAUCAACUCAACGGACUUCCGCCUUUCUACGAUACUUGAGACGAUUAAAAAUUUUUGACUCGACACCAUGUUAUAGAACUUUUGCAACGUCACAAACUGUAAAUAAUUUUUCUAUACUAUACAUACAUUUACAUACAUACGGAAGACAGAGACACGGACCCCUUACCGGAACUAUUUGCCUUUCGUUUUACUGUUUCGUCUUUACUUGUAUAAUUUCUCUAUUAUUUUAUUCUUCGCCUAUUUUCGUCCUACUAUACCUGUGAGAGUACGUAAACUCGUGUAUAUUGAAACUGUGAAACUGACAGAUCGACGACGAUUCUGACGAAUACGACUGACCGAUAUGUCA